UGUGGUAUAUCAAGCAACACUGACACGUUCUUUUUCCUUGUGGAGUUGUUAGAGGCACGUGCGUACGUUGCGCCGAAAUCUCUAAAAUAAUUCAAAAAUGAGUGAAGGAACGGCGACUAUUCGCACUCGCAAAUUUAUGACCAACAGGUUGUUGGCGCGCAAGCAGAUGGUUUGCGAUGUCCUCCAUCCAGGCAAACCGACUGUUAGCAAAACAGAAAUCCGUGAAAAGCUCGCGAAAAUGUACAAGGUGACACCCGAUGUCGUGUUUGUCUUCGGCUUUAAAACAAACUUCGGAGGUGGUAAAUCUACCGGUUUCGCCUUAAUUUAUGACACCUUGGACUUGGCCAAGAAAUUUGAGCCUAAACACAGACUGACUCGCCACGGACUCUAUGAAAAGAAGAGGCCAACAUGCAAACAGCGUAAGGAACGUAAAAACAGAAUGAAGAAGGUGCGUGGUACCAAGAAAUCCAAGGUGGGAGCCAGCGCCAAGAAGUAAUCUGUUUAUAUUUGUAAGUAAAUAAAGAUAAAAACUUCA